GUCGGAGAGCACCGGAACAAUAAAUGCUCUCCACCAACCGAACCGGAUCACCCUGUCAGCGGCUGAGGAACUUUUACAGUUUAGGAAGAGGACCUGAAAUGUUGAUGGAGAUUUAAAGUCUGACGGAGUUUCUGAGGUCAGCAACACGGACCUUCUCCUUCAGUGAGACGCCAUCGUUUCGCCACCAUCUCAGAGACUGAAGCUGCUGCUCUGCAGAUCUCUGACGCAGGCGGGCUGACGGACUGCGACUCCUGCGUGUUCCUGUCCCUCAUAGCGGCUGACCUUGGUUGACCAGAAGAGAGAGAGUCUGACUGUGAUGUUCCUGAUGGAUCUGAAGUGCGGCGGCGGCCCUGGACCUGAUACGGCAGAAACCAAUUUCAGACAUCUGGAAUGCGAGCGAGCGUGGGGAGGCCGAUUUUAUGUCAAGACGACCUGCCAUAAUGUCUGACGUGGCUCCGGAGGAAACUCCUCCCACACCGGCUCGCCGUCACUUCUUCCCGCUGGCGGUAAACAAACGGACCCUCCUGGAACCAGGUUCCUGGUUCUGCUGCGACCGGAAGCCCAAAAAACCGGAGAAACUGGGCAGGUUUAACUACUUGUCUCCAGGUUUCCCCAGGUUUCCCCAGGUGUCUCCAGGUUUCCCCAGGUGUCUCCAGGUGUCUCCAGGUUUCCCCAGGUGUCUCCAGGUUUCCCCAGGUGUCUCCAGGUUUCCCCAGGGUGGAGACAUGUCCUCAGACCAGGAGCAGCCGCUCACUGCACUGAUGUCCAGCGAGCUGAUCCCAGCCGACCCGUCGGACCAGUUGGACCCGUCGGACCAGUUGGACCCGUCGGACCAGUUGGACCCGUCGGACCAGUUGGACCCGUCGGACCAGUUGGACCCGUCGGACCAGUUGGACCCGUCGGACCAGUUGGACCUCGCCCUGGACCCAGACACUGCCAACAGCUGGCUCCUCGUGUCUCCGGACCUGCGCAGGGUGACGGUUUCGGACCGGUACCAGAACUACCCGCAGAACCCGCAGCGGUUCAACGCAGAGCUGCAGGUUCUGAGCCGGGCGGCGCUGACGGGUCGCCAUGGCUUCGAUGUGGACUGGAUGAGCGCCGACAACCGGGCCGCCGUCGGCGUCGCUCUGGCGUACGAUAGCGUUCCCAGGAAGGGAGCGGGCAGGGCCGCGUUCGGACGGAACCAGGCGUCCUGGUUCUUCGCAGCAGAGGGAGAUGUUCUGACUGCGUGGCACGGCGGGGAGAAGUGGACCUAUGACGUUCCUGAUGACGGCUAUGAGCGGGUCCGGGUCCGUUUGGACCACGCUGCGGGGGUUCUGUCCUUCUUCCUGCUGACUGAAACUGGGCCGAGUCACGUUCACACCUUCAGAACCGAGUUCACCGAGGCGCUCUAUCCGGGUCUCUGUGCUCGCUCCACCGCCAGCUACGCUGGGUUCUGCUGAGGCCCAUCGGACCAGAACCAGAACCUCCAAGGCGUUCAAAGGAACCACCUCAAACCGGGCCACAACCCCUGAGUGAGCAGAAUCCAAGUCUUGCUCCAGUUAGGACCGGACCAGAAACCGUCAACCUUUUCUUUUCUUUUCUUUUCUUUUUAUGGCGGUUGGCAAACAACUUUUAGGUGCGAUACCUUCCAGACUGGAGUUUGGAUCAGAUGUUAAUCCACUAUAAUCUUCCCAUUAUUAGGUAAUUAGGUGGCCCGGAGGUGCAAAACUCUACAACAUUAACCAAACAGAAAGGGUUUGUUUUUUGCACAAAAGAUUUAAAUUUGAUUUAGCAUGUUGUGCCUUUUGUGAUUGUCCAGAAGAAUCCAAUAAUCAUCUUUUUUUUCUCCUGUCCCUUUUCUUUUAAACUAUGGAGCGACAUUAAAAAUUGGUUGUCCCUUAAAAUUGAUGACAUUCCUGAGAUAAUCAUCACCCAUAUUUUAUAUUAUAUUGAUGGCCUUGAUAGUAAAAUAUCUGACAUGGUUAAUAUUAUCUUUUUACUUGUUAAAUAUCACAUACUCUGCUGUAAAUGGAGAGGUUUUACUCCUUGUUUUGAUUUUUUUCUUAACCAAUUUAAACUUUAUUUUACCUCACUGAAACUUUUGAAAUCUGUUUCUGCAAGAAAAGUAACUGUCAGUAUCUCAACUUUUCUUUUGUUUUAAAAUCCUGCUCUAUUAUUUUUCAUUUGUCUUAAUGUUUUAUGUGCUUGUCUUUAGUCUUAGCCCCUUGUUUUUUUGUUUAAUUUUUCUACCUAUGUUGCAAUGUUCUUGCACCUCAUCAAGACUUUGUAUACAAUUUGUUCAAUAAAAAAAACAUUAACCAAACAGAAAGGGUUUGUCCCAGUAGGAGACCUGAGAGAUCACUGAUUGGACGACGGUGCUUUGAACCGGAAGUUAUCGCUUGAGCGGGUCGGUCCGUUGUUGCAACACGUCAUAGCGUCCGCCAUAUUGAAAGUGGCUUAUCAGCAAGUAAAUGGACCGAACUUCAUAAAGUGCCGUUCUGCAAAGUGUUUCAAGUUAAUGAAUGUCACUGACACAAACUCUCACAGAUUAUUAUAUAUAGUUAUGAAAAAACCCAAAGGACAACAUUUCAAACCUGUUGAUGUUGUAACAUAACCACUAUGUUUGUUUUUCAUGAAUAAAUACGAUAAAAAGUAAACGUAUUAAACUGUUCUGUAGAACAGUUUCGGUGCUUUAAUUGUUAAAAAAUAUUUCGAAUUUCCACUGUUUGUAACUGAUUUGGGUGGAUCAUGAAGUUUUCAGGUGUGUGUGUGUGUGUGUAAUUAGUGAUUUAAAAAGGGGCGUGGGCGACGGCGCGGGAGGCGCAACCGGAGAGAAAGACGCUCGCCGGUAGAUCUGUGCAGCGGGAGUUUUGACUCGUAUGAACGUUUAGAACUUGUAAAAAUCAAAGGAAAGACAUUAAAUAACGAUCAAAAGUUCGCCCAGCGCCGCAGAUCAUAUUUCAGGAACUGGAUCGGAGUUUGCACCCAAGAAACGCCGCCCGGGGCAAGAAGACGCCGCCAGUGCGAGAGGACGCCACCGAGGGGAAAGAAAGACGUUCCCGGUGAGAUCUGGACUUUACUUUUCUUUUUGGGGAUUUUUGGUGGUACCACUCUUUUUGUUUUUCCAUUUUUUGGAGGGGUUUUUGACGUUUGGAUUUUUCCCUUUUGGAUCGGGACUUUGGAAUAAAACGGGGGGAAUAUUUCCAGGACUUUGUUUAUUUUUCAGGAUAAGGAACUCUGGUGUGGACAAUAAUCUCUUUGGGAAAAGGAACAGAAAAUUUCGGACUCUUAAUUAUUGAGGGUUUUUUUUUUUUUGCUGAUUCGAACUGAGUAACCAUAAUUAUUGUUGAGGGAUUUUGGUUAUUGAUCUCUUUAUCAUGAUAACUAUUAUUAUUUCGUAGUAUAAUAAUUCUUUUUUGAAUAAAUCAUUGUUGCAGAAGAUCGACAAAUUCAGUGUUUGAGUGGUUGAGUAUUUAUUUUUAUCAGAUUAAAGGUGUGGCAUAUUUUACCUGAUUCCUGUGACAGAUUUCCCCCUUGAGUGUAUUGUGAAUUCAGCUUUCAGCCGAAUUUUUACAAUUUGGUGGCCCGUAUGGGGUGCAGGAUGAUAUACUUUCAGGUUUUGUGCUACAUUAGAUGACAUAAUUAAAGAGGACCCUGUUGUGAGUGCUUUUUCUUUGCUAGAUGGAUAAUAUAACUUCUCAAUCACCACAUGCUGAGGAAAGAGAUACUGAUGAGAAUGAGGAAGAAAGUGGAGCAGGUCUUCUUGUAGAUCAGGAAGAGACAAUAUGCAACACAGAGGGAGAUGCCUGGGUUACAAGGAGGAAUCCUGUAGGUGAAAUAACUUCUUUGAUUAGCUCCCUUUAUGUAUCAGAUAAUGAAGUUGAAGAAAAAGAGGAUGAUGAAGAAGAGUAUCUCCCUAUGUCAGACAUUAAUGAUAUUAGGAAUGAUUUAACUAAAAUGGGGGUUAAGAUUACCUCAUUGGAAGAAAAUUUUCGGGCAUCUGUAGACAGUGCUUUGAAUAGGGAACAAAACAUCAGGACAUAUAUAGAUAGGAAUGUUGAGGCCCUGGAGCAAUGCAUGACCGCAGCCUUUAAGGAAUUGGAAGCUAAGGUAGUAGAU